ACUCCUUCGAGGACAGCCUGCAGCUCCUGGGUCUGGAUGACAGUUCAGAGGAGGGAUCCUCAGAUCCCAUCAUAACUAGAGGUGCUUACCUGUCUCUGGUUCACCUGCGUCAUCUCAAACUUAGACAGCUCCAGCGCAUCUCUCUUGGGUUGCUGAACUACCUGCGCUCUGUGGAGAGGACUUUGACCUUUGACCUGGCAGGUCUGCAGCUUGAGGAAGGAGAGCUGUGCAGCACAGCCGAGGAAACUGGCUGGAUGAACGCAGCCAGAGGAGGAAGAGGGGAGACAGAAGGUCUCGGCUCUCUCCAGUACAGCCACAACACUCCUGUUGACUGUAAGGUCCAUUGCUCAGAGUUCAUGGAGUUUGCAGAGGUGGAGAACCUUCAUGAUUUCUACAGCGCAGAGGAGCGAUUGGUCCACACUCAGGAUCAGAGAGGGUUUUACAUCGUGUACGACGUUGCUCUGAAGGACCUGGAGGAGCUUGAGGACCAGCUGCUUCUUGUCGGCUCACGCUUCAUCCAGAGAGACAGGAUUAACAAGAUGGGAAAUGCCUCGACAGCAGACAUCCACUCCUGGGCCGGAGCAGAUGUUGACCGUGUUGCAGUGCUGCUCGACUUGUGGACCUGUGAGACAGAGUUUUUGGAGAGCAAAGUGCAGCUCUUAAACUGUUACUUCGAGGCCUACCAGCAUGCAGUAGGGACAGAGGAGAGGUUUGCGUUGGCUGAAGUCAUUACUGACAUCAUGCACUGUCGGCCACAACUGGACCUGAACCAGGAUUACUUUGUUCAGGCCUACAGGGCUGAGAUAGGCUGCCUGCAAUGCCACCAGCAGCUGAUCAGAGACAUUUUGGACAAUCAGAUUGAAAAACAGCGGCAGUAUCUCCAACGCAUCUGGAGAGACAACGGCAAUGGCUCCAUUCAUAACUUUGGCCUCCCACCAAAAUACAUUCCCAAACAUCUGGUAUCACUUGGAGGCUGCAGCCCUGCACUGAUGAACACAUUCCUCCUGGAGGUUCAUCCGUCCCUCUGUCUGGCUUCAGCUGUUUACCUUGGUUUAGUUCAGGCUCACACAGAGCUCUGUCAGCUGCACCGAGCCUCCAGCGCCACUGACAGACUCCUCCUGCGACAGAAGCUCCUCCAGCAGGCCCUGCAGAGCUGGAACCACCUGGCUUCACCCGGAGCCUCCUACAGCUCUCAGAUUCAGAAGGACUUGUUCUCAGGUGUGUUUUUUGAGGACCCGAUUUUGGUCAAAAAGGUGGGGCUGUUGUUAGUCAGAUCUGCAGAGGAGAAGGACGUGACGCAGGGAAAAGAGAAACAGUUGUAUGGCGUGGAAACUUUCUCCAAGCUGCUGGAGCUCGUCACCCUCCGCCAUCGUCUGCUGGAAUCGGCCUCAGAGACUGCACAUCUGGCACAGUUGUACAGGAACGUGGCGUCAGAGCUCGGCUUCGAUGAGUUCCACCUUUACCUGAGGCCUGUGCAGUUUGAGGUUGCUGCUCAGAAAGACACAGCAGAGCAGAGGCCAGUUUUUAUCACAGCCAUGCUGGAAGAUGACAUCUCUGUGGACAGGUUCACCCCGUCCAACCUGCCCCUGAGCAUCCAGGAACUGGACGAGAACCAGAUCGGGAGGUUCAGCUUCAGCUCAGAGGAGGCAGUUAUUCAUCUUAUGAACACACAGAGUAUAGAAAACCUGCAGGUGACCCUGGCCUGUCAGGUUGCACAGAAGAACGCUUUGAUAAGUGCGGUGAAGCUGGUUUGUGUUUGUCACUGGGCCGAGAGUGAGACGUCUUCAGCUCAGAGUGAAGUCGUCCUUUAUUCCGAUGAAGAUGUCAUAUUGGAUUCCAAACCUGGAAGUGACACCAACAGCCUGCAGGAAAAAUCUAACAUGUCACCCUCCAAAGGCUCAGCUAGACCUCCCACCACUCCCAAGGAGAGGCUGAUGGAAGCCUUUGUGUCCAUCCAGCUGGAAAAGGUUGGUCUGCGAGACGAGAUGCUGAACUCAUUUGUGAAGAAGAAACAGGCCGGGGGGGGUCUUAUAAAAAGCCCAGAGGAAACAGCGAAGAUCAAAAGGAGGCUCAUAAUCGACUUCCUCAAGAAAUUCAGCACACAGAUAUCUCAGUAUUGUGUGAGAGCGCAGAUUGUGUCAUAUUACUACAAUCUAACCAUAAUUUUGGACGACAUCCCCUCCAUCCGUCAGUCCCACUUCAUGUUUGGUCAAAUCAGAGAGCCCAGAGUCAUUUUGGAUUCAGGAGUUGGCCUUUGCUCUGAUCCCAGGAGUUUUCAACGUCGGCCGCCGCAGUUGUUGUCUGCAGAAGGCAAAUGUCUCCUCAACUUGUGGUACAUCCCCCACUUCUCGGAAGUUCUUCACAUGUUCAAAAAUAGUUUGGCAUGUUCAACAGCUCUCCAUCACACUCUGCAGAUAGUUUCAGCUCUCCACGACAUCAUUUAUUACCUGGUUAGUUUCUCCAGACUGGGAAACACAGAAGACUCCUGUAGCUGCAGGAGAGGACAGGAUGUGCAGGGCUCACUCGCAGCUGACUGGGGAGGCACUGAAGGCAUCGGAGCAGAGCUGCUGGAGAUCCAGCAUCAGGUCGACCGUCUGUCUGAUCCCAGCAGCCCAGAGUCUGUGGGCCGACUGCUGCAGCUGCGCCGGCAUGUCGUCCUCCUGCAGUUUGACACCGCUGUGAGACACCUCAUCAGGGAGGUGUUCCUCUCCUCCGGUGACAUUACCUCUUACCAGAGUGUGAGUGACAACAUGGCAACCGCCCUCCCCCCGUUGAGCGACAGUAUCCAGAUGAACAUUUUCAGCCUCACCUUGCCUGUUCCUCCGCCUUUAGAGACUCGAGGCAGUCAGGCUCAGAGAAUUGUUCCAUGGAGAAGUUUCAUAGCUUGUCAUGGAUUGUUCCCUCUGGAUGUUUGGGACGUUCCUCCCAUCGAAUACUGCAUGCAGCUGUGUCUGAGCGGUCUGAGCGGUCGCAGCAGACUGCAGGCCAACGCAGCAAUCCUCGGCGUCUCGCUGCUCAUGGAGGACGUUCUGAACAGUGGAAGAGAGGCAGAGCCUGUUCGUCUCCUUGGCAACAAGGAUGACCUUCUGCACAACGGACAACCUGAUGAAGAAGCUGAAGGAGAAAAGAAGUGGACUAGUGUGUCCGUUCUUCUUCAGGAUCCAAUCCGAGUCCAGUCUGUGCUGAAAGGUUUCCUCCUGCUGACCAAGCAGCUUCAGGUGUUCAAGGAGAACUGGGCUCGAAGACGUUUGGGCGCUCAAACGUUGAGGACGCCCAGUUUCUAUCAGCAGUUUGUGAAUCUCUACAGAGCUGAAAUCUUUUACCCCAGUAUGAGAGCUCUGGCUCAACAAAUGGGAAAGGAGCGGGACUAUGAGGUCUUAAUAUCUGGCAGCCAGUCUCUCCUGCCUCCGCCUGGAGCUUCAGAGGUUGAUGUGAAAGCCUGGCAGCUUCACAAACUGCUGGAGAGCACCGAGUGUGACGUGAUCAGAGUGGUGCAGAGGAAGAUCAACAGAGAGCUGACACUGGUGGUGUCAGAGCAAACUCGACAGGACACUGGCCUACCUACAGAGCUGUGGAAGAAAGCCCCGCUGAAGUACAGUGUGUCCCCCGAGCGGCCGCAGAUUGUGGAAACGUUCGUCCAGCAGCUGAUGGAGGGAGGUGAAGAGGCCGAGGGACAGCUGAGAGUCUCUCAGGAUCGCCUCCAGCUGUGUCUCACUCACCUCGGCUGUUCUCUGAUGGAGCGAGAGCGCAGCAGCUUUCUGCUUUACUCGCAGUUUUAUGAACAAAUCCUGCAGCAGGAGACUGGGCUCCUGUAUCAGAGAGAACAGGAUUUAAAGAAUCUUAAGGACUCUCAGAAAAGUGACUCUCACAAAGAGGGUGCUGUUGUCCUAUGUCGUGGGAUGAUGUUGGAGAUCUCAGCGCUGCAGGCACAAGUCGCUCACCUGGAAGAAGAGAAGAGAACUCUAGAAGAGCAACUCAGUCUCAAAUUCCGAGAGCGCUACGACCCUUUAGUCCGACACCUCUUCUCUACCUGCAUCCAGCUGAAGGCCAGGCUGGACAGGAACCAGUGGCAGAUGGAGCAAGAUGUGAGUGAGAUGGUGAGCAGAACAAGAAGCGAGGGAGUGGAGCGAAUCGUCAAGCUCAAGAAGAAGUACGGCUGCACCAACGACAGUGAUGGACUCGCACUAACACAGUCAAAGAGAGAAGAAGUGGAGGAGUUGAGCCUGGAGAACAGCCGGCUGGCUGCUCUGCUCUGUAAACAGAAGGCUGUGAGCCGCUGGAGGCAGGCUCUCCACCAGGAGAAACUCCACCGACAGCUGCUUCAAACUCAGCAGAGGGAGGUUAGCUGUCGCAGCGCGGCCCUCCGAGUGAAGAUGACAUCAGAGGAGGAGGUGGUUGUCCUGCAGGAGGAGCUGGAGGCUGCCAGGAAGGUGUUGGCCUGCUGCCAGGCGGAGAGCAGCAGCACCAGGAAGCUGCUCCGCGCCAAGACAGAGGAGCUCCAGGUGGCAAGGCAUCAGUCUGCACAGGAGGCCCGCAGCAGGCAGGAGCUGGACAGCUAUCGAGUGCAGAGCCUGGAACUAAUGCGAGCCGACAUAGAGGACAGAGAGAGACGGCUCAAGGGGUUCAGCGAGCAGCUGGACAGAGACAGCCGGAUGAACCAGUUACAGCGACAACGCAGCGCCAAAGAGAUCCGACAGGUGAAGGGCCAGCUUCAGCAGGAGCUCAGCCUCAAACAAGAAGCCUUUCAGAGGGUGGAUGAACUGCAGAGCCGGGUUAACAACAUGGAGGCAGCUUUCUCCAGAUGUACCUCUACAACAGGUCUUCACAGGGCCAGUCAGCUUGGCAGCCGCACAAACUACACAGCAUCUCCGAACUCUGCUACAGCGCCACGGCACCAGAGAGCAGGAAUAGCCAGGAGUCACUCGAACACAAGAAUAGACCGGCCUAAAGCAGAUCCAUCUCACCUGCGUGUCCAUACUGCUGAGAGGCUGUUACCUGACCUGUGACAUUCUCCCCUGGCUGUUUUGUAAAGCAACACCAAUUUGUUUGACAUGCAAAGCGCGCCGCUUACUCAACAAGGCAUUUUAUUACCCAGUAAAUUUAAGAACGGGUUUGCUUCAUCCCUGUGCUGUUUUGUAAUGA